CUAUACCUCUCCUUAUCACAAAUUAAAUCAUGACCAAAUUCACGUCCAAGAAUCUCUCGCAUGUUCUUUAUGCUUAGAAAUUGUUCAGAUUUCUAUAUAAACCACCAAAUUUUGUCCCAAAGAAACAGAAACCUUAGCUAGAGUUCUUCAUCAUGGCAAUUUCAAACACUCAUAGGCUACUACUCUCUGUUCCUUUGUUUCUACUCAUUUCUUCUUCAUGUUCUUCUUCUCCUUUGCUCGGAGGUCCAAUAGACGAUAAGUUGAGAAAUCACACCAGGAUAUCGGAUUUCAGGGUUAUCAACAGGAGGUUUUUGGCUAAUUGUGACGAUCCAAAUCCAUACCUAGCGCUCGAUAUCAGCACAAAUUCUCCGUUACCAAAUGAAGCAAAUGUUACGGUCACAGUCAGCGGAGUUCUUGAUCCUGAUGAAUCUGAUUGGAUUGCGAUGAUAUCGCCUUCUAAAUCGAGUGCUAAAGAUUGUAUACUGAAUGGAUUUUACUAUAUUCAAACCGGAGAUCUUAGUAAUCUGCCUCUUCUCUGCCACUAUCCUGUCAAGGCCCAACACCUGAAGAAUGAUCCGUCUUACUUAGGCUGCAAGAAAAAUGAAUGUAGACUGCAGGGAGAUGAUGACUGUGGAGUGCAAACAUGCAAUGGAUCAGUAACAUUUCACAUAGUUAACUUCAGAACAGACGUGGAGUUUGUGCUCUUCACUGGUGGCUUUUCUACACCUUGUAUUUUGAAAAGAUCGGAUCCUAUUAGCUUCGCUAAUCCUUCGAUGCCAUUGUACGGUCACAUGUCGAGUAUUGAUUCAACAGCAACAUCGAUGAGACUGACAUGGGUUAGCGGCGACGAAAGCCCACAACAAGUUCAAUAUGGAAAUCAAAAAUUUGCAACUUCUAAUGUUACAACAUUUACGCAAGAUGAUAUGUGCAGUGGUGAUUUGGCUAGUCCAGCAAAGGAUUUCGGAUGGCAUAAUCCUGGAUACAUUCAUUCAGCUAUUAUGUCUGGGCUUCAACCAUCUCAAUCCUACACGUACAGAUACGGAAGUGAUUCUGUCGGUUGGAGCGAUCAAGUUGAGUUCAGAACUCCACCUGCGUCAGGAUCUGAUGAGUUACACUUUCUUACUUAUGGUGACAUGGGAAAAGCUCCUCUAGACGCAUCUGCAGAGCAUUAUAUCCAGCCUGGAUCAUUAUCAGUGAUUAGAGCAAUGACCGAAGAUAUUUCAUCAGGGAAGUAUGAUUCAAUUUUUCAUAUUGGGGACAUAAGCUAUGCCACUGGUUUCUUGGUAGAAUGGGACUACUUCCUCAGUUUGAUCACUCCAUUGGCUAGCCAUGUCAGCUACAUGACCGCCAUAGGUAACCAUGAGAGGGAUUAUGAAGGAUCAGGAUCAGUAUACAUAACACCAGAUUCUGGCGGAGAAUGUGGAGUAGCUUAUGAAACUUAUUUCCCAAUGCCUACAAGUGCUAAAGAUAAGCCAUGGUACUCAAUUGAACAAGCGAGCGUUCAUUUUACUGUCAUCUCCACUGAACAUGAGUGGACUAAUAAUUCUGAGCAAUAUGAGUGGAUCAAAAAGGACUUGGCGUCUGUUGAUAGAGGAAGAACGCCUUGGGUAAUCUUCAUGGGGCACAGACCCAUGUACUCUUCCGUUAGUAGUAUACCUCCAAGUACAGAUUCAAGGUUUGUCAAAUCCAUUGAGCCACUUUUGAUGGAGUACAAGGUUGAUUUGGUUUUGUUUGGCCAUGUUCAUAACUAUGAAAGAACCUGUGCCAUUUACCAAAAAGAAUGUAAAGCAAUGCCAAAGAAGGGAAAAGACGGUAUUGAUACUUAUGACAACAACAACUAUACUGGACCGGUUCAUGCAAUUAUUGGAAUGGCUGGAUUUUCAUUAGACGAGUUUCCAGACGAUGCAGAGAAUUGGAGCAUGGUAAGAAUUUCUGAAUUUGGUUAUGUACGUGUGCACGCAACCAGACAAGAUAUUUUGGCAGAGUUUGUGAACUCAAAUACUACCGAAGUGCAAGAUAGAUUUCGGUUGGUUAAAGGAGGGACCAUGUGAACUCCCUAACGCAUAUUGGCUAUCCUUUUGGAUCUUCAUGGUGAAAGAGUACAGAUAGCAACUUUUUUUUUUUGGUAUUUAUACAGAAUAAACAAUAUGGAGUGCAGUUGUAAUAUCCAUUGUUUGUAGAAAGCUAUCAUUUUUUGCCAUCAAUAAAUUUCACGCUCUAGCUUUUUUUUAAAAA